AUGCACGAGCCCGAAGCAGAAGCCGAGCCCUGGAGUUUUCUCAACAUCGACAAUAUUUUCAGUAACAACUAUUAUGGAGACAGCUCUCAACAUGACGUGAAAAUCUGCCAUGAACAGUACAUAACAGAUUCUAAUUACGACUACAUUGAGAACGAUGAGAUUAUUGCUCGUUCUCUUCUUCAAGAAGAAUUGUCUCAGUUAUCGAUUUCAGAAGAAUCUCCUAAGCUAUCACAUUCUGGGGAAGAAUACCUGCAAAAUUCCAAUAUCGUCCCAAAUUGGCAUAGUUCUUCAAAUGACUAUUAUUUUGAUCAAGAGGGUGUUCAGAAUGAGAGUGAUGACGAGGCUAGUUUAUGCUCGAGCCCAGAGGAUAGAUCGUGUGAUGGAGAAAAUUACUAUUAUAACCUCGACAUAACAGAUGGGUCUGAACUCGAUGGAGAAGUUGAAAAGAGGUUGUAUCAAAUGAUUCCUGUUCCUCAUAUUCCAAGAAUUAAUGGAGACAUACCCUCGGUUGAUGAAGCAACUUCUGACCAUCAGAGGCUGCUCGAUAGGUUACAGUUAUAUGACUUGAUAGAACACAAGGUUCAAGGAGAUGGAAAUUGUCAGUUUCGUGCUUUAUCUGACCAGUUUUAUCGGACCCCCGAACACCACAAACUCGUGAGACAGCAAGUUGUUCGUCAGCUGAAAGCUCAUCCUGAAAUAUACGAGGGAUAUGUUCCAAUGGAAUAUGCCGAUUAUCUCAAAAGGAUGUCCAAGAGUGAGGAGUGGGGUGAUCAUGUUACGCUGCAGGCAGCUGCCGACUCGUAUGGCGCAAAGAUUGUUAUAGUAACCUCUUUUAAAGACACAUGCUACAUUGAGAUUCUCCCAAAGGAUCAACAGUCGAAAAGAGUCAUAUAUUUGAGCUUUUGGGCCGAGGUGCACUACAACUCAAUCUAUCCUCAAGGAGAUCUCCCCCCGAGCGAUCUCAAGAGAAAGAAAAAGUGGUGGAACUUUCGAAACAAACAAUAG